AUGGCCUCGUCGUCCUCCUCGUCGCCGACUGCCGGCGCGCCUGUCGAUACUGCUGCCAAGACGACACACAUCUCGACUGGAUCGCGCAACCUCACCGACUUCGAUCGCAUUGAAGACGGAGAGUGCCACGAUGACGACUACCAUGGACACCUCAAGACGGAGCGGAAGCCGUCGCGCCAGGAGGACAAGGACUUUACGCAGUUUGACCGGAAGGACAUGAAGCGCAUGGGCAAGAAGCAGGAGCUGAGAAGAAACUUUCGUCCAUUGUCUACAAUCGCCUUUACGGUGAUCUUGCAGGGUACUUGGGAAGUGCUACUGGCUGCCUCGUACCAGGGAAUGUAUUCGGGAGGAUUAGCAGGUCUUCUCUGGAGCUAUGUCUGGACCUUCUCUGGCUUCUCGCUUGUGGUCGUGUCUCUUGCAGAGAUGGCAAGCAUGGCACCAACCUCUGGCGGUCAAUACCAUUGGGUCAGCGAAUUUGCGCCGCCAAAGUACCAGAAGCUGCUGUCCUACUUCACUGGCUGGAUGAGCACACUCUCGUGGCAAGCUGGCACUGCGUCAGGACCGUUCUUGGUUGGGACCUUGAUUCAAAGCAUGGCUACCAUCAACAACCCAGGGUACAGUGGAACAAACUGGCAAGGCACUCUGUGCGUCUGGGCCAUCACCCUCAUCGUGCUAGUCGCCAAUGUCUACGGUGGUAACAUGAUGCCCGUCUUCCAAAAUCUCAUGCUCAUCCUCCACGUCUUUGGCUUCCUAACAAUCAUCGUCUGCCUCUGGGUCCUCGCCCCGCGUAAUUCUGGCCAAGUCGUCUUCACCCAAUUCUACAACGGCGGCAACUGGUCCAGCAUCGGUCUCGCCCUCAUGGUCGGUCAAAUCUCCGCCGUCUACGCCUGCAUCUGCUCCGACGCCGCGGCGCACAUGUCCGAAGAGAUCAAAGACGCCGGCGUCACGGUCCCCCGCGCCAUGAUCGGUUCGUACCUGAUGAACGGCGGGCUCGGCGUCGUCUUCCUCAUCAGUUUCCUCUUCAGCGUUGUGGACCUUGACGGCGCUCUCAACGACGAAACAGGCUACCCUUUCCUCUACGUCUUCCGUAACGCAUUCUCGCUCCCUGCCGUCAACGCGCUGAGCUCCAUCGUCAUCGUCCUCAUCUUCGCGGGGACACUAUCCUACAACCUCAGCACCAGCCGACAAACCUGGUCCUUCGCUCGAGACGAGGGUCUACCCUUCAGCAAAUGGAUCGCACACGUGGAUCCGAAACUGGAAGUCCCAGCGAACGCAGUGAUCGUAACCUGCAUCGUCACCUUCCUCCUCAGUCUAAUCAAUUUUGGAUCUGACGUGGCUUUCAACGCCAUCAUCUCACUCAACCUAGUCUCUCUCAUGAUAACAUACAUGGUCUCCAUCGCCUGCGUUCUGUACAGGCGGGUAUACCAACCUGAGCUAUUACCCAAGGCGCGCUGGAGUUUGGGGAGAUGGGGUGUGGCGAUAAAUACUGGUGGUCUGGCGUAUUCAACGUUUGCGUUUUUCUGGUGUUUUUGGCCGAAUGUGUACCAGCCGAGUCUGGUGGACUUUAAUUGGAGCGUUUUGAUGUUUGUUGUUGUGGCGGUGAUUGCGGCGGUCGAUUGGGUGGUGAGGGCGAGGAAGGUGUAUAAAGGGCCUGUCGUGCUUGUUGAAGGGUGGAGGGAUGGGAGGACGGAGUAA